AUGACGUUAUUCAGCCCUUGGCCGUAUAAUCAUUGGAUUCUUCAUGCAUAUACGUCGGCUCGUAAGAAUGGAAAUGUGAACUUAAUCAUUUCGGCUCCACACGGUGGGAAUAUCGUACCAUCGGACAUUCCUGACCGAACUGCUGGAUGUUUUAAUUCAACUAAUAAUGUAUGCAUUUGGAAACAUAAUUGCGGUGACAGCGAUUCUAAGCAAUGUGCAACAACAACAGUUCGGGACGUCAUGAGUGAUGAUUUUGCGAAAAAUGUAGCAAAACAACUCAAAACUAAGUAUGGUUUAUCACCCUAUAUGGUCAUUGGUCAGUGGAAUAGAAAAAAAGUUGACUUCAACCGUGAACAAAAUGAAGGCACAAUGAACAAUUUGGAAGGGAUCCACGGUCAUCAAAGUUAUCACAGUUUUAUACUGCGUGCAAUCGCAAAGAUUAAAGGACAAUUUGGUCGAGGUUUACUUAUAGAUGUUCACGGACACGCUGCUGGAAACUAUUCGAUGAUUGGUUAUCUCUUAACUGGAGACGAUUUGAAUGCUGACCAAUUGGUAAAGCAGACAUCUAUUGAAGAAUUAAUUCACGCAUCAUGUUCUAAGAACCGAAACGAAUGUAUUAGAGGUGAUAAGUCCUUUGGCUUCUUAUUAGAGGCCAAUAACUUAGGAAUUGCGUAUCCUUCAAGCAAUCAUCCGAAACCAGGAGACAAGAAGUUCUUUAGUGGUGGCUACAUUACUCGACAGUAUAUUUCUGAUAUGAAUGCAAUUCAGACAGAGUUACCCAAUUACAUGCGAACGGGGCCUGAACGAAACGAUUUUGCAAGUC